AUGGCCAAUUUUCCACAGAAAAACCCUGCUGUUCCUUCUUCUUCUUCUUCGUCUUCUUCUUCUUCUUCUACCCCUCCUCCCCCUCCUCCUCCUCCUCCUUCUAUACUUACAGUUGGCCAUGGAGGGAGUACUUCUCGUGGUGGAGGGAAUGGAGCCUCUGGAGAGGGUUCUUCAAGGAAGAGAAGCUAUGGCGUUAGUGUAUCCUCCAGUAUCAGUGGCGGAGAAGGGCAAGUAAAGAGAAAGAAAGGUGAACUAAUAGAUCCUCCAAAAUCCGAUCCCAUUUGUUCUUUAUGUGAUAAAAGAUUUGGUUCGUGGAAAGGAGUUUUUGGGCACUUACGUGCCCAUCCAGAACGAGAUUGGCGUGGUGCAUUUCCACCACCAAAACGAGCAGAGGCCAGUUGGUCACCCAUAAGAAUUGGCAACGCUGGUCAACAAGUUUUCCAGGGGCACUUGUUGGCUCCAACUUUAUUGAACUUGGCCCAUCAGACAUUAGCCAAAAUGAGACAUGACAUUGAUUUGAACAGAGAACCACAAGACGCUGCAGGGCCUUCUGCUCCUCCUCCUCCUCCUCCACAAGGUGGCAACAGGCGGUGCAGUUUUGAUUUGAAUCUGCCUCCUCCGCCAGAAAAUGGAGAUGAAAAUGAUAAUCAUAAGGAGUAG